AUGCGAGAUCGGCCACGGGCCUCUGACGAAAUGACGAAUUGCGUCCUUGCAAUUGAUCUAAUCGCUCCAAUGACUGUAUGCGAGUUCAGGCCUGAUGGGAGUGUUUUCGUCGGGGCAUUCGACGACGAGACGGAUAGGUUGAAUACAACACGCUUGCGUACAGGAGCGAGUCGCUUGGUGAUGAAGAACAUAAUAUUUCUCAGUGCUCCAACUGGUUCCAAGUCGUGCUAUGUCGCAUUCGAUCACGCUAUUGACAUCAUCUUCCAUUCUUUCCAUCACAACACAGCUUGUAUGCGUACCCUGCCUAAGCCAUUCAAUGGCGAACAAGAGGUAAUUGAAAGCAGGGAGAAGAGCAGCAGCAGUCUAGUGGUUCUCAAGAUCCCAAACGCUGCCUCGGCUCUUUUGGAGAGAGAGGGCUGUACGCCGUCCGAUACGGUGGAUCGUCGUAGAGGUGCCACGCAGAUAUACCGAAGACGACCGUAUAACCCUGAUUUCCGGCAGCGCGUAAUGGAACAGACUCACCGGUGUGACAAGCCCGCAAACUGUCGGGCCGUCAUGGAAUUGUUCACAUCCGUUCGAGUACCUGAAAAGAUCCGACGCCACGUCUCGUGGCGAUGA